GGCGUCCCCCCAGAAUCCUUUGCGGUGGAUCGAGAUGGCCGCGUCCAAUGGGUCCGCGAGCGACUUGGAGAGCAGCGGCAGCGAUGCAGAGGAGCUGGCAAGGUGCCGCGAAGCGGCGAUGCCGACCUGGGGCUUGGAGCAGCGCCCGAGCGUGCCGGAGAAGCCAAGAGCCGGUGCCACAAAUAAUCAGUUGCCAGCCACCCAGCUAAGCCUCAGGCGUAAGGUGGAUGAACAUGAUCAAGAUGGCAACGAGCUUCAGACCACCCCCGAAUUCCGAGCCCACGUAGCCAAGAAGCUGGGAGCCCUCCUCGACAGCUCCAUUUCCAUCUCAGAAGUAGUGAAGGAGCCAACAAAGGCUGAGGUACAGAGAGUCACCCCAGAGGAUGAUGGCUUCCGCCUUUUCUUCACAUCCAUCCCUGGAGAUCCUAAGGAGAAAGUUCCUCCCCAGCCCCGCAGGAAGCGAUUACCUUCCAGCUCCAGCUUCCAGAAGUGCCCCAGGGAGCACUGUGACCUCUGCUCCCCGCUCAAGUGCUGUGGAUCAAGCGUCCACCACCACCACCACCCCGCCAAGGGGCUGCUGAUCAAGAGGCCCCACGCAGCCAGCAAAUGUCCAGAAGAGGCAAAUCCACAGAGACAGAAAGUAGGUUACACAACUCUGAAUAUACUAAAAAUCACUGAAUUGUACACAUCAAAAGGGUGAGUUUUAUAACAUGUGAAUCAAUAAAAUAUAUGUUUUUUAAUUAAAACAAAAACUCUGUGAUGAAGAAAAUCAAAACUUUAAAGAAACACAGGCUCCCACCCUCACUCACCUCCCCUGAAUCCCAGUCCUGGGCAAGAACUGGUCCCUGAAACUCCCCCACCCACCUCUUUCCUCUUCCAGUCAGAUCCUUAACAAAAUCCCUGCAGUUUGACCCAUGGGGGGGAACGACAGGUGCACAGCAUUUCCUGGAGUAGGAAGGGUGGUGCUGAGAGGCUGCCCCCCAGACUGGGGCAUUUCCAGAGGGUCUGCAUCUCUCAGGGGCCCAUAGAAGCAGGGUCAUGCCUGGCAAUAGAGGACGGAAGGUGCCAUUGGCCUGAAAACCCUCUGGCCAGCCAGGAGGCCCAGCCCAGGCCAGGCCAGCCCAGCCAGUAGAGAUCAAAGGGGGCUGGUCAACAGUGAUAAUGCAGCUCGCUAACAGCUCCAGCUGACCUUUUAAGUCUCUCCACUCCCAUCCCUGGCGUUCCAGUCCCCCUUACCCUGAACUAUGUCUUCAUGUUUCCAUGCACGUUCUAACACGUUUGACAGCUAUGCUGCCCAAUACAGUAACCACUAGCCACAUGUGGCUACUGAGCACUAGGAAUGAGGCUAAUACCUCUAGUUAAAAUGAUAUUUUGGAUGUACUGGGUGAAAUUUAACAAUUUGUAAACAAAAUUAAAAAAAUUUUUUAAUUAAAAAAAUUAAUCUCACCUGUGCCUUUUUACUUUUGUAAUGGAACUCCCAUAAAAUUUUAAAUGACUUUAUGUGGCUCACAUAUUUCUAUUGGACAGCACUGCUCUAUAAUUUACUUACAUGUUGUGUUCGUUAUUUAUGGGCUGUCUCCCUCUGCUUGAAUGUAAGGCUCCCGAGGGCACGGCUUUUGUCUGUCUUGUUCACUGCCUAGAAUAUUGCCUGGUACAUACAUAGUAGGUGCUCAUUAAUAAUUGCUGAAUGAAUGAAUGGCUAGAAUGCAUUGCACAUCCACCAUAUAUACUUAGCUCUGCACUAAGCUUUAGUAAUGUAUCAUACACACAAUGACUUUAUGAAGUAUCAUUCCCACU